AUGGGCGAAGAUAUCGAGAAGAUAUAUCAGAAGAAAACGCAGCUUGAGCAUGUGCUCCUGCGUCCCGACACCUACAUCGGUUCGGUGGAACCCCUCACGCAGAAGAUGUGGGUCUUCGACGGCGAACAAGAAGGCAUGGUCAUGCGAGAGAUCACAUACGUGCCCGGCCUGUAUAAAAUCUUCGACGAAAUCCUCGUCAAUGCCGCCGAUAACAAGCAUAGAGACAAGAAUCAGGAUUGCAUCAAGAUCGAGAUCGAUCCUGAGAAGAACAUGAUCUCCGUCUGGAAUAACGGGAAGGGAAUUCCUGUUGUCAUGCACCAGAAAGAGAAAUGUUACGUUCCAACACUGAUUUUCGGUCAUUUGCUCACAUCGUCGAACUACAACGAUGAAGAGAAGAAAGUAACUGGUGGCAGGAACGGUUACGGAGCGAAGUUGUGCAACAUCUUCUCCACGAAGUUCACGGUGGAGACCGCCUCCAGAGACCAAAAAAGAGCAUUCAAACAGUCAUGGAGCGACAACAUGACCAACACGGCAGAGCCGAAAAUCGUCGACAGCAGUCAAGACUACACGAAGAUUACCUUCUACCCGGACUUGUCUAAAUUCAAAAUGGAGAAGAUGGACAAGGAUUUCAUUGCGCUAAUCAGCAGGCGCGCGUACGAUGUCGCGGGCUGCACCCCGGGCGUUAAAGUCUUCUUGAAUGGCACGAGGUUGCCCAUAAAAUCCUUCAAAGACUACGUGCAGAUGUUCACGUCGAAAUGCGUGAACGAAGAUAGCGACAAACCGCUCGUGGUGGUACACGAGCAGGUGAACGAGAGGUGGGAGGUCGCAUGUUGUCUGUCCCCCGAGGGCGACUUCAAACAGAUGAGUUUUGUGAACAACAUCGCGACCACGAAGGGCGGUACUCACGUCGAGUACGUGGUGGACUCCCUGUGCAAGAAGCUUACCGAGCAAGUCAAGAAGAAGAACAAAGCCGGCGUGAAUAUCGGCAAAAAACAAAUUCGAGAUCACAUGUGGAUAUUCAUCAACUGUCUUAUCGAGAAUCCGACUUUCGACUCGCAGACUAAGGAGAACAUGACGAAACAAGCGAAACAAUUUGGUUCCAAGUGUGUUGUCAGUGAAAAAUUCCAGAACAACGUUCUGAAGUGUGGAAUCGUUGAAGCCAUCAUGAGCUGGGUCCAGUUCAAGGCCCAGAAAGAGAUGAACAAGAAAUGCUCAAAGAGCAAGGUCUCUAAACUUAAGGGUAUUCCCAAACUCGAGGACGCUAACGAUGCCGGUACGGUGCGGAGUAUAGACUGCACUCUGAUCCUCACCGAGGGAGAUUCAGCCAAGACACUGGCUGUUUCCGGACUGGGAGUUAUCGGCAGAGACAAGUACGGAGUUUUCCCCCUGAAGGGAAAAAUCCUGAACGUUCGAGAAGCCACCCACAAGCAGAUUAUCGAGAACGCUGAGAUUAACAACAUUAUUAAGAUCGUCGGUCUGCAAUACAAGAAGAAGUAUGAGACCCCAGAAGACAUGAAAACCCUCCGUUAUGGUAGAAUCAUGAUAAUGACCGAUCAGGAUCAAGACGGUUCGCACAUCAAAGGUCUGCUGAUUAACUUCAUUCAUCACAACUGGCCUUCUCUUCUGAAAAUGAAUUUCCUCGAGGAGUUCAUCACGCCAAUCGUGAAGGCCAUCAAAGGCAACCAAGAGUUUUCGUUCUUCUCAUUGCCUGAGUUCGAAGAAUGGAAAGCUGCCACCCCGGAUUGGAACAAAUUCCGUAUCAAGUACUACAAAGGUUUGGGUACGUCGACGGCCAAGGAGGCUAAGGAAUAUUUUUCGGACAUGCGUCGUCAUCGAAUCACCUUCAGCUACGCUGGGGCUGAAGACGAUAACGCCAUCCAAUUGGCCUUCUCCAAGAAGAUGGUCGAUGAGCGGAAGACGUGGCUCACCAACGGCAUGGAGGAUCGCAAGCAGAGGAGGACACUUGGUCUGCCUGAGAUCUAUCUGUACGGCAAAGAGACUCGAGCCGUUUCUUUCAACGACUUCGUCCAUAAGGAGCUCAUCUUGUUCUCCAACAUGGAUAACGAACGCUCCAUUCCGUCGUUGAUCGAUGGAUUCAAACCCGGUCAACGUAAAGUCUUGUUCACCUGUUUCAAGAGGAACGAUAAACGAGAAGUGAAAGUCGCUCAAUUGGCUGGUUCGGUCGCCGAAAUGUCGGCCUACCAUCACGGCGAACAGUCGCUCAUGAUGACAAUCGUGAAUUUGGCGCAGAAUUUUGUCGGCAGCAAUAACGUCAACUUGUUGCAACCCAUCGGUCAGUUCGGUACUCGACUCCAAGGAGGCAAGGACUCGGCCUCGCCGAGAUACAUCUUCACCAAACUGAGUCCGCUCGCGCGACAUCUGUUCCCGGAGUCCGAUGAUCCUGUUUUGAAUUAUCUCUUCGAUGACAAUCUGAAGAUCGAACCCGAUUUCUACCUACCCAUCAUUCCGAUGGUGCUCGUCAACGGUGCCGAAGGUAUCGGAACCGGCUGGAGUACCAAAGUCCAAAACUACAACCCGAGAGAGGUCGUCGCCAACAUAAAGCGUCUGCUCAACGACGAGCCUCUGAAGAAGAUGCACCCUUGGUAUAAGAACUUCCGGGGAGAAAUUCACGUCCUGGACGAAGAAAGAACCCGAUACGUCGUCUACGGUGAAGUCUCGAUCCUCGGGAACAAGAAACUCGAGAUCACUGAACUCCCGGUGAAGACAUGGACUCAACAAUAUAAGGAGAACGUCCUCGAGACUCUGCUCCACGGAUCCGAUAAAAUCCCCGGCAUCAUACAAGACUACAAGGAGUACAACACGGACACCACGGUCCGAUUCGUUGUGCAGAUGGACGAGGGUAAUCUACGCAGGGCCGAGGAUGAAGGUCUACACAAGGUGUUUAAACUACAGACCACUCUCGCUAAUACCUCGAUGGUAUUAUUCGACUCCAAUGGCUGCAUACGUUUCUAUCAAACACCGGAGGAGAUCAUGCAGGAGUUCUACAACGUUCGUCUGGACGGAUACGUUCGAAGACGCGAGUACCUGAUCGGACUCCUGACCGCCGAAGCGGAGAAACUCUCGAACCAGGCGCGCUUCAUUGUCGAGAAAUGCGACGGCAAAAUACAUGUGGAAAAUAAGAAGCGAAAGGAGAUGAUGAGAAUCCUUGUCGAUAAGGGUUACGAUCCGGAUCCUAUGCUCAGGUGGAAGGAGAAACACACCACCAACCAAGAAAAGGAAGCGGAGGCGGGUUUGGAAGACGAGGAGUCCGAAAACUCGGCUGAAGCAAGAGAAGACGCUCAGACCAAGGAUUACGGUUAUCUGCUUGGGAUGACCAUGUGGAACCUCACCUACGAAAAGAAAGAGGAACUCCUCAAGAAGCGGGACUUGAAAUUGGCGGAACUCGAUGCGAUCAAGAAGAAGACUCCCAAGGAUCUAUGGCGUACUGACUUGGAUGCUUUCCUGGUGAAACUCGAAGAAGUAGAACGCAAGGAAAUAGAAGACAUGCAAAAGAGCGCCAAAAAGUCCGUCGCCCAAAAAACGACCAAGGGCGGCAGAGCCUUCUCUAGCAAGAAUCCCGAACACCUUCCAUCGGCCGACGGAGAACGCGUGGCUCCCACGAUCGAUGAAGCUCUGAAAGAGAAAGUCGCGAAGGCCAUCAAAGCGAAGACCGAAGGUCCUAAGCGGGCUAAGGCUGAGGUAGAAGCCAAUGGUGAGAAUGGAAACGGUGAAGCCGGGGCGCCGCCCGCGAAGAAAGCCGCUAAGAGAGCCCCGAAAAAAUCGGAUGGAAUGAAGCAAACUAAAAUCAACUUCAAAAAGAGGGACUUCAGUGACUCGGAGGCCUCGAUGGACAGCGACGAAGGCAUGUUCGAGGCUGCCGCCCCUAGAGCGGCAGCCCCGGAGAGGCAGAGCAGUCGCAGAGCGGCAUCCUCCAAGAUCAAAUACAAUUUCAGCGAUGACGACUCCGAUAACAAGGAGACCGCAUUCGCUGACGACAGCGGCGACGAGAAGAUGGACGCGAGUCCGACUCCGUCUCCGAAGAAAGCAGAGCCGAAGGCCGCGAGCCCCGCACCCAUCGCGGUGUCCAGUGAUUCUGAAGCGGAAUUGGUCCCCUUGAGCGCCCGCACUAAGAAAUCAGACGUGGGCAGCGAGUCCGCGUCGAACGCUUUCGAUGCUCUCAUGUCGGCCGGAACCUCGACCGUCAAGCCGGGCGCUAAGGCUAAAGCUCCCGCGAAACCUCGCGCCGCUCCGAAACCCAAGGCGAAGAAGAAGCCGAAAGACUCCGAAGAGGAAGACGACGAUGACUUCGGCGAGUUCAUCGAGAGUGUCAAGAGCAAGGCCAAGAAAGACGACAGUGAUUCGGAUUUCGAAGCUACGCCGAAGCCGAAAGGCAAAGCCAAAAAAGUCAAUCUCAUCUCGGACUCUGACGAUUCGCCGGUGAAGAAACCCCCGAAGCGGGCUCGUAAGAAACUCGUAAAAGAGAGCGAUGACGAUUUCGACGCCGAUUCGGAUUUCUGAGUGUGGUCGAAACAUUCCUCCCACCAGCGUCUUGACCGUCGAUUUCGUACAUCGGAGAGAUUUUAUUCACCUGAGAG